ACACUCAAAGCCAGCAAUAAAGAAGUGCUGAUCUCGUAUCUCCCUCUGGCCCAUAUGUUUGAGAGAGUCGUGGAGGUACAGUGUGUGCAUGUGCUCUGUGUGUUUUUGCAGGUUCAAUGCACGCUGAGUGUCAGUGAUGUUCAUGUGUCCUAUCUGCCUCUUGCUCACAUGUUUGAAAGAGUGGUACAGUCUGUUGUCCUCAUCCAUGGAGGGCGUAUUGGGUACUUUCAGGGCGAUAUUAGACUUUUGAUGGAUGAUUUGAAAACCCUUCAGCCAACUGUGUUUCCUGUUGUGCCUCGUCUUCUAAACCGCAUGUUCGAUAAGAUUUUCAGUCAAGCAAACACACCAAUGAAACGAUGGCUUUUAGACUUUGCUUUUAGAAGGAAGGAAGCUGAACUGCGCAAUGGUGUGGUGAGACAAGACAGCAUGUGGGACAAGCUGAUCUUCAGAAAAGUACAGGCGAGUCUGGGAGGUCGGGUGAGGAUGAUGAUCACUGGAGCAGCACCGGUGUCCCCGGUCAUCCUGACGUUUCUACGAGCUGCUCUGGGCUGUCAGUUUUAUGAAGGCUACGGACAGACUGAAUGCACAGCAGGCUGCUCUAUGUCGAUGCCUGGAGACUGGAGUGCAGGACAUGUGGGGCCUCCUCUUCCCUGUAAUAUUGUGAAACUGGUGGAUGUGGCAGAAAUGAACUACCUGGCAGCCAAUGGGGAAGGAGAGGUGUGUGUGAAAGGACCAAAUGUAUUCAAGGGCUACUUAAAGGAUCCGGAAAAAACAGCAGAGGCCAUCGACCAGGACGGGUGGCUACACACGGGGGAUAUUGGCAAAUGGCUUCCGAACGGUACUCUGAAAAUUAUUGACAGGAAGAAACACAUUUUUAAGCUGGCUCAAGGAGAAUAUAUUGCUCCAGAGAAAAUUGAAACAGUUUAUAAUCGUAGUGACCCAGUUGCACAAAUAUUCGUACAUGGAGACAGUUUGCAGGCUUGUUUGGUUGGAAUAGUUGUCCCGGAUCCUGACUAUUUGCCUCUAUGGGUGAAGAAAAAGGGAAUAGAGGGGUCUUACUCUGAACUGUGCAGCAGCAAGGAGGUGAAGAAGGCCAUUCUAGAGGACAUCUUGAGAUUGGGAAAAGAGGCUGGGCUCAAGUCUUUUGAACAGGUACGAGAUAUCACCCUCCAUCCUGAGCUGUUCUCUGUUCAAAAUGGUCUCCUCACUCCCACGUUAAAGGCCAAGAGAGCUGAACUACGCAGCCACUUCAGAGACCAGAUCGAUGCCAUGUACGCUAACAUUAAAAUGUAGAUAUUUACCAAUAUCAUUAUUGCUGUUGAAUCACUUUUACCAUUUCAGGGGUUUCAGAUGUACUAUGAAUUUAGAAUAAGUAUUUAUUUGGAAGUGAGAUUUUCCAUAGCAGUGGGUGCACAGAUAUACUGGUGUAUACAGUAAAUAAAUAAACAGAUUAAUGGUUAUCUAUUUAUGAAUGAUACUUGUUAAUAAAUCUGCUAAAAUCAUGAAUUAUUUGGUUCUGCUUCAUGAAAACAUUUUCAUUUUUAUUGUUCCCAUCUUGAAAAAGAUUGUAUUUGUAUUGUUAGUAUUAAACAGAGUUGUACACAAAGUGCACCUUUUUAAAGAUUCUUAGAGGAAGUUAGUGCACUAAAUAAACAAGUAAAUCUGCCCCAUUUUUGUUUUUCAACACAUUUCAUUGGAUAUACAACUUCUGCAAUCAAAAUUUACCAAAAACCACUAUGAAACAUGUCAUUUGGCUUCUGUUAGUUUUCUUAAUAAAAACAUUUGUAAAAAAAAAAAAAAAAAAAAA